AGAGCUGCUAGUUGUCGAUAGUCCGGAUUAGGGACUGUUUGUAAAUACUUACAGAAGUUUUAUGGACUAAUAUCACCUUUGUUCUACACUUUCAAUCUACACAUUAUCAAGAUGACAGUCUUCGAGAGCGAACAAAUAAUUGGUGACUCUGUUAUCAUGAACCUCCAGCAGAAAUGCAUGGACAAUCAUUUGGUUAACCGAAAAUAUAAAAAUGGAGGGUGCCUGUUGCCGGACAGAUUUCAAUUGUUCGAAGAACAGAUCUACAAUAUGGAAGUCAGGCCCGAUGACGUUUGGGUGAUAACUUUUCCAAAGUGUGGCACUACAUGGACUCAGGAAAUGGUGUGGCUGUUGGGAAACAAUUUUGAUUUUGACGAAGCAAGGAAAAUAAAUAUAGAUGAACGAUUCGUGUUUCUCGAAUUCUCUACGCUAAGUGAAAAUUAUCCUCAAAAUACUAUUGAAAAAAUAGAAAAGAUGAAGUCACCAAGGUUCAUUAAAUCACAUUUACCACUAUCCUUGUUACCAAAACAGAUAUCUGUCGUAAAACCUAAGAUAAUCUACGUUUACAGAAAUCCUAAGGACGCAGCUAUUUCCUUCUUUCAUCACUACCGAUUUUGGCAUCAGUAUCAAGGAAGUCUGCAAGAAUUUUUAGAUGCGUUUUCGGAUGAUAAAGUAAUGUAUGCACCUUUCUGGGAUAACGUUCUCUCCUUUUGGAACAUGAGGCAUGAACUCAACCUUCUCUUCAUCACUUUCGAAGACAUGAAAAAGGACUUGUAUGCAGUAGCCAAAAGAACAGCUGAUUUCAUGGGUGUGGAAAUCAAAGAAAAUAUCAAAGAUAAAUUCCUAAAACACCUAAGUUUUGAAGAAAUGAAGAAAAACGCGGCAGUGAAUUACGAAGAGAUUCAGGCUAGAAACAGGGACCAGAGCAUCAGCUUUAUCAGAGAAGGCUUAAGUGGAGGCUGGUCAAAGGUUAUGAAUGCAGAUACAAUCAGAAGAUUCGAAGAAAAAGCUAAACGAGUUCUUGCAGGAUCAGAUUUCCCAUACUGUGAUUAGCACAUGAUAUGCAAUGAAAUAAAUAAAAUAUUUACUUCUUUUAUUACUUUUUCUCAUGUCAGAGAAAUAAUCAUUUCUUAAAGUGAUGGGUGUUGAGAAGGUUUUAUAAUUUUAAAUUGUUACUGGGUGACAGUUAUAGAACAUAUAACAAAAAUAUACUUUGUUUAAAUUUAUUUAUUUAUUUAUUAUCUGAAUUUGCCUCUACCCGAUAGGGUCAUUGACAAUUAUUUC